AGGUCUCCCCGCCCCUUGAAUGCCCCUACUCAUGAUUGGUUACUGCCUUUUGAAGAUGUUUACUCAUUGACAUUAGCUCAAAACCAGAGGAAAGGAGAUCGAUCUAUGUAAAUUAUUCAAUCAAGGAAACGUGCUAUCAUAGGACCAGCAGGUUCUUCAGGUGUCGUUCAGGUUAUAUUACUACAUUAAUUUUUAUUUUGAGCAUAUUAUUCUCCUGAUCAAUCUAGUCUAUACACAUUAUUUUGAGCAUAGUCAGUGACGAAUCGGAAUGCGUUUACCUCACGUUGGUGCACCAAUUGUCGAUAAGGCAUAUUCAUGUUUUGUUUUGAAUCAUACGUAAAACUGCAAGAAUUGAAAGAGCACUCGUUCUAGAAGUGCGUCAUUUGAACUGAUGAUGUGAAUCUACUCGGCAGUCUGCCUAAGAUUUCCCAGACGAACUCUACCCGUUACUAUUCAGUUUUAAUAUCCUUGUCUUUCAUUUUCGACGGACACGGACUCAUACUCUACUGUGUGACAUAAAACUCUACUGUGCGACGGUAGUUGUGCAUAGAAGUAAGUGUAAAAAUGACGGCGGGAAUGAUCUUAGAAUUGCUGAGGUUGAGGUCAGCACCAAGGAGCUGCUGCUCCUUCCAGCACCUUCUCCUCUUAAAGAUGUUCGCCUCAAUAUUUUUAGCUGUCCAGCUGCAUGUGGCAACCCUAGAAUUCGCUGGUGCUGGUGUCCUCACGUUCACAGCGCCACCAGCCAACGCAACCCAGGUGCACUUGAUGGCGAGACUGGAGCCACACUACAUUCCAGGCAACAAUGACCUCUAUUACGCUAUGCGCAACGUGCCGCCACCGGGAUGCCAGGUACUUACAAGAGGGUGGUCUAUCGACGUCGCUGUAAGGAAAAGUAAAACUUUUGAGGCAUUAUAAUACAUAGAUAGUAGUAGAUAAUUAUGGAUUUUUUUAGAGCCAUACGUACUAAAGAAGCCUAAAAAUAGAACCACGUCGUGAAGAGUCGAUACUUCUUUCGUUCGAGAGGUAGUAGUACACUUAUUAAUUCGACAGCACACAUUUAAUUAUGAUGUUUCUUCAACAUCUUUCGCUCUACUCUCAUCUACAUUUUCUUUCUCUCAGGUCCAAAUGAAUCUGAAGCUGUACAAGGUGUCCGGCGUGGACACAGCGAACGCCCAGGUUGAUAUCAACGUUUGGUUGCGCUAUCGAUGGACUGACUCUAGGCUUGCUUGGACUCCGUCAGACUACGAUGGCACUCGAUUUAUCAACGUCCCCGCGACUGAGUUGCCGCGUGACUACGGCGUCAUCUGGACCCCAGAGAUCGAGUUGCAGAACGGCGUGGAACCUCUCGCAGAUUCUUUCAAGCCGUCAAAAGGUGCGAACAUUUUUUCGGACGGAAAAGUGGUGUGGUCUCGAUCGGGAAACCUGCGUGCUCUGUGUACUUUCGAGGGUAUCGAAUUGUUCCCGUUUGACAUGCCGAAGUGCACGCUGAUCUUCAGCGGUUGGUCCUUGCCGAAAGACCGCAUGGACCUCAUUUUCGACGCGGACACAAAAGGUCUGGAAUGGGAUGACACGGAACAGCGUGACGUUAUUUCCUAUCAAGGGUACCAGGAUUUGCGGAUCCGGACGAUUGAGUUAACACGAGUGGUGAAGUCCUAUAUUAAGGCUCAGCUUUCAAUGGUCACCAUUGAGAUUGGGGUCACUGAGAUCGAAGAAGUGACCUCGUCCCCUUGAGAGGAGAACAGGGGAAAAGGAAGGGAAAGGGGAGAGCUUCGAGGGGGGUCCCUUCCGUUCCGCAUCAUGGUGACCAUUGAAUGCUGAGCUUUAACUAUACGAGUUCGGAAUUGGGCGGCGAACAGCAAGAAUUCCCGGAACUCCAUUACUCGAUGGUGCUGCAGCGUGCAACCAGGUUUUACCUGAACCGUUUUAUUAAGAGUAGGUUCGUUAUUAAAGGUACGUGCUUCAGUGACCUAUGCAGGUAGGUUGAUAAAGGUUUCUCUUAAGAGUAGUAGGUAGCUUCUCUUACCGCUUUUUGACGGUGAGAAUGCAGCUAAACCCUGCGGAUAGCGGAUCACAUCCUAAUCCUUUCUUACCGCUUUUUAUGCCUCUCCUGUAAGGGAGAUGAAAUGGGAUGAUGCUUCUCUUACCGCUUUUUGACAGUGAGAAUGCAGCUAAACCCUGCGGAUAGCGGAUCACAUCCUAAUCCUUUCUUACCGCUUUUUAUGCCUCUCCUGUAAGGGAGAUGAAAGGGGAUGAUGAGAGCGGGGUAAGCGAGCACCAAAAACUACCUACCUCUAACUUUAUCUUGCCGCAAUUUUUCUUCGCGUUCGCGGUGUUUCUCAUCUUCCUGUUCGAACCCGAUUUCAACCGGUUGAACGUCUGCUUGCUGUUCCUGUUGGUGCUCGCGGGGUUUGAUCAGAUCGUUUCCGAGUUCGUGCCACGGUCUGAAGCUCCUAUCCUGAUGACCUGGAUCACGGUUUACACUGUCGUGUUCACGAUCUUUGCCUUUAUCGAAUCUGCUGUGGUCCAGUAUUUGUGGACAAGGGACUCGUUCGAAUCCAUGACGAGCUACGAAGGGUUUAUAGAGAUCGCCACAAGUCCGAUUGAAUUCUUCAAGGAACAAGUGCGCGGCGUGUGUGGUCGUGGCUCGCAUGCGCCUCAGAGUUACAACCAGUUGCGCAAUGAGGUGCAUCUAAGAGAAGUUCGCCGACGAGAGCGACGGAAGAAAGGGAUUUUGCACAGAGUAAAAGGAUCGAUUCAGGAGAGCGAAGUGGGGAAUUUACUAGCUGGGAGUAUUGAGACGUUGGCUAGGAGAAAUUCGAGUGUGAAUAUGGCGAAUUCUGUGGACCACUCUGGAGAGCACAUGCAGAAUGGAGCACAACAUCCACAUGCAGGAGAAGUAGAAGAGGCAGAAGUGCUAGGAGAAGAUCGGGCUCUGGUUGGAGAAGAUGGAGAAUUCGCUGAUGAUGUAGCAAUCAAGCUUGAUGGAGAUGCACCAGCGGGAGAAUUGGAAUUCCCAAGAAAAGAAGCUUCUACAAACGCGUCUACAACGGACUCGAAGACCGCACCUGGAGGUCCUGGAGGGAAUCAGGAUGGAGACGCACAAGCAGGAGAGAUGACAGGAGCAGGGCCAGCAGCAGGCGGUCAAUUAGCACAGACGGCUUCGGGUCCCAUGGCGCCGCCCUCAGUUCAGACUGCGCCCAGGAGGAGUCAAAUGUUCACAAAGAGAGCCGCUCAAACAGGGAAUGCGGCGCAACGAUCUAGUUCUGUUCCGGGGACAAGGCCCGCAGCAGCUGCGCCCAAACCUCCGCCUCAGCGGCCUUCGAUGUUCGGACCGAAACCAAGGGGAGCAUUUGAGGGAAGUCACAAUAUACUCGAAGGACAGUCUCUAAACUUAAGGUUCGAUUUACAAUUCAUUUCCAAGGGUCAUUUUCUUCGGUUUAUUCCUUCCUAGGAUUCUGAAGAAAUGAAGGCAAGAAAUGAAUUGUUUUCCAGGUCCUCUAAUAAACAGUUGCUCCAGGUCCUCGUCUAGGCGGGGGUCGUCUGACACAAUUAGGCAUCAUCUAUUUGAACAGAAUGAUGAAGAACAGCAGCUGUCCCACUCUGAUACUGAGAUGGAGGUGAACGAGAGGAUCCCAUCUUUCCUUCUUGCAACGUCGAACCCCAACAGCAGUGAGGACAACGCAUCUUCCUGUUCCUCUUCUUGUCCUGACUUGACGAAUUUAGAGCAGCAACAAGAGUUGUCUCAAGAUGAGUACAAUAAUGUUGACAGGUUGUUGUACAACAACGACAACGAGCAGUACAACGAGGACGACGACCUCCAGGAAGUCGAUGAUUUCGAUGAUCUUCACGAGGGUUCACAUUCGAUGCCACCUAUGGCGUCCAAGUCAGGCAUGGCUGGGAAGAGCAUGGCCACCAACGCUUUGGGACACAACCUUCACGCAUUAGCAUCAUCCAAAAUGGCAAUGAGCUCGUCUCCUGGCAGAGUGAGCGCUCCUGGGUCUCUAGGAGGAACUAAUGGAAGUGAAACCAUAGCCAGGAGUAGAUUUGGACACGCGAAUUCGAAGUCCAUGUUUUUGCUCCAGGAAAAGGUCCAGGCUUACACAGACAAGCAAAACAUGGAGAAAGGAGGUGCUAAGGGGCUUAGAGCUUUGGUAAGAUCAGCAACCAGUGACGGGAAUCCCGCCAAGAAAACUUCAUCCGCCGUCCUUAACAUCCUAGUCGGCCCCAAAAAAACGCAACCCAGUACUGCGGAUUUAAUCCACCGGCUCCACUUUCGACAAGAACUGCACAGCGACCAUCGGGGAGGCGGUAAAGACAGUUUGGCAGAGCAAGACCCGAACCGACACGAGAAUGUUGGCGAUUUCUACAAGCGGUUUGCUCGUUAUCGUCCUCUUUUUGAGGAAUUAGACCACGACUUGAGUGCUUCCCUGGGACGAUUCGAAUCCACCAUCUUCGCGAACGUGGUGGAGGCGCAUUUUCCUACGUGGACCUACGAGAUGGUCUUGGGCCACUUCUUUGACGAAAGUAGGAACAGCAGUGAUGUGAUCUCUUUCCACAUGUACUGCGCGUUCAUGGACAAUCAGUUGCAAAUGCGGGAUGCGUCGAACGACACGGUGGAAGCCUACAUCAACGACAUGAUACGACAAAUUCAAAGGGAGAUUCAGUAAUGAUUUUCAUUUUUGUUGUUGUGGAUCUAAGGCCAAUGAGAUAGUAAAAUAGUUUCUUGAAUUCUAAGGCCAAUGAGAUUGUUGUUGUGGAUCUUUUCUAUCUUCAUCUUGAAGUUUCUUUUGUCUUUGAUGUGGUAUUCUUGUCGUGGUAGGAAGUGAUGAGCUUGUGAUUUUAAUCAGCCUUGCGGUGGAACUGGAAAAGGAAAAGGAUAUACAUGAUAGUAGUAGUUGUACUAUAAGGACUGGAGACCUUCUUCCGCUCAUAAUAUUCUAGCCGUUCGUGGCACAAAACCUACCUGGACUGUCUAACAUUCAGUACAACGAACUAACUAUCUCUCGUGGACGAUCUUAUUAUCUAGUCCACUUUUAAGCACUGAGUUCUCCGCUUCAACAAAGCUUAUUUCAAGUGAACGACCGCUCCCCUGUCCCUCCUCAGGUUCAAGCACAAAUCUCUCCGGAACGCGGCGAAGCGGAUCGACAAUUUCUGUCUAAUUGUGCUACCAGUGCUCUAUUGCUACAAUAUGUUCACCCUCUUUGUGGACUUCUUUGAGAAGUACGGUGAAGGGCGAACGCUUGGUACCUCCAAUGCAGAUGUGAACAGGAUUCUCUAGAGGUGGAAGGACGAGCCUUGGAAAACUUGUAGUGACGGACUAUACCUCCAGACUGGGUACGCUACUUCAACUAGCCUAGGAAGGUGGAGGCUCUGGGAGUGGAGGCAGGAGUCUCUAGCCUGGUGAGAAGGGCUGGAAUAGAAGAGGAGUAGAAAGAGAUAUUUGUUGGGGGAGGACGGUCAGUCAAACACAUCACGUGAUGAAACGAGGUAGGAAAGAUCGUAUCUGGAUAGACAUAAAAUGAAUCAGGAGCCUUGUUUUCGUGGAGAAACACACACGUUGUUAGCUAUGUACAGAAUUCUUUUUCUUGGUAUACUAGUUUGUUAGUGACUAAAAAAUGAUUUCUUUUUUUAUCUAUCUUCAACACUCACGGAUACGGAAGACCUCAAUAUCAAACAUGAUACAGAAGCACAGACUGUAAAUAUGAUUCAUGAUUUCUAAUCCAUAUCAGUAAAUCUAGUGUUUUAAGAAGUGGACAUAGAAAACCAUAACCACGGAGAAAAGACUACAAGCAGGAUUCACUAUGUCAGGAACUUGACGAUGAUGACGUCCAUUUGAUCUUGAUACGAAACUGGGGGCUUGUUCUUAACGUUAUUAUUUUUCUUAGGAAGACAUCCAUUGAAAGGAAAAUGCUGAUCUCUUGUUCGGCGAAGAGAAGGCUGACCACACAGACGAUGUGUAUGCCGGUUGUGCAACAUAUUGGAGGUAAGCUGUGUAGGGAAGCGAAGGUGGACCUGGACUUUAUGGAGUUUUCUCACACCAUGAUGGAGGACGAAGUCGGUCACCACAAAGUCGGCUUCGG